AUUCGCUCGUCCACAUUCAUUAGAGGCAAAUUUCUUUUUUCCUAGGUACAAGUUGUACAAUUUGUGCUGUACUUUUUCUGGUGCAAUUUUCUUCCUAAAUUUGCCUUAAAAUGGACGCAUUCGGCGAUGGCAACUUUGAGCAGCACGAGGUCGAUCCGGCAGCCGAGUUUUUAGCCCGUGAACAGAACGCGCUGGCUGGCUUGGAGGACGAAAUUCCCCCGAUUCCCGUUAGCAAUGGCACAGUGGAGGAUGACGUGACUCAGCCGAAAGCAGAAGCGCUGGGACUAGAGUUCGAAUCAACCGGAAGCUUUGAAAUGAUCAAUGCGGAUACCGGAUACGGGCCUCAGGAUUACGGCGCCCAAGAUGCCGGAGGUUUCUCGAGCAGUCCUAUUAAUCCGGACGAAGAAGAUGGUAAUGAUGAUUUUUCAGGGUACACAGUGCCCAAGCAGGUAACGGAGGAGCCGGAAAGGAUUCGCAAGUGGCGCGAAGAGCAGAAGACCCGCCUAGAGGAGAAGGAUCGCGAGGAGGAGCGCAAAAAGGAGGAACUGCGGGAGCAGGCCCGCAAGGAACUUGAAGACUGGUACAAGCACCACGAGGAAGCUAUUUCCAAAACCAAAGCGGCCAACCGGAACGCCGAGAAGCAGUUCGUGGCUGAGACGGACGAAAUCGAACCGGGCACCGAGUGGGAACGCAUCGCCAAGCUGUGCGACUUCAACCCGAAAACGAACAAGUCCAGCAAGGACAUCUCGCGGAUGCGAUCCAUUAUCCUGCAGCUGAAGCAGAACCCAAUCUCCACCAGUAAGAAGGUCUAAGGCGAAACCCUUUGGGCGCAAUCGGCCCCCCGUCUGGCUGCAAGUGUAGAACGUUUACUGUAAGAUGACAAACAAAAAGAUAAAUUCUAUAGGCAAAAUGAUAUGAAUAGUUAAAGGUAGCAAGAGAAGAAACUUGGACGAAAUUUGCUUUCCUCUACUUGACAACUUUAUUACUGAUUAAUCUAGUAGCAGAUUCCGGUAGGUACAGUACAGGCUCUAAAACACUAGACUUCUGUUUCGUGAACGGUGUCGGCUCCUUGAUUAUAUGGUUCCGAAUAUAUAUACUCUUGAGUUAUCCAAUAAAAUUGCUCCUAUUAAUCACUAUGUGUAGAGUACAAAGGUAGAUGAAUAUCAUGUGCUGUAUUUGCUCUGCUUUUGUAUUCAGUAUAAACUAUCAUCAUUCCUUACUUUUUUUUUCGUUACUUGACUAAAUUACUAAUACGCAUAGUGUGUUAGUUUUGAAAGUGGACUACGAUUAGUUUGUUUGCUCAUUUCGCAUAUAUUUGUUGCUGUUCGUAUUAUUAUUCUUUUUUUUUUGGACCGGGUGCAUUUACUGGCUCAUAAGUUUUUGACUUAUUUGUUUCGCAAGAGAGAGAAAAAAAAAACAGUUUCAAAGGCGCAUUUUAUCAGAAAAUAGUAAUUCCAAGUAGCAGUACAUCUUACGCUAAUGGCUUACAUAAGCAUAUUAUAGUUCUAUAAAUAUAUAUUUAAAGAAAAAAAGCAUCGUUAGUAGUAACUAAAUGCUAAGUAAAGCAAGUGUAUAUGAAAAGUCUACUCGCGACAGAUUAAAAAUAUAAAACUAAAGUGUUGAGAAAAAUUAUUCCGAUUGAA